AUUGUGUCCCUCCACCACACGCUCGCUAGUGCAACUGUCCAAGCCGAUUCUCCACUAGGGUUUUGGAUCGAUAAUCAAAGUCUUUCUUUUAAAACAAAAAAAAACCACACAAUCAGAUCGGCUUCUCAUUGGAGUCAAACAAUCAAAUCCAAUCUACUCUUUGUAGUCACGAUGGGAAGAGGAAAGUUCAAGGGCAAGCCCACCGGUCACCGCCAAUUCUCCACUCCCGAAGAGAUGCUUGCUGGCACCUCCACUCGCCCUCGUACAUUUAGAAGGGAAGAAGCUGAAUAUGAAAAGGAACAUGAUAAAGAAGAAUCUGGAGAAGACUCUGAACAAGAAUCUGAUGAUGAACUUGAUCAAAAGAGGAAAGGAACUCAAGGUCUUAUACAGAUUGAAAAUCCUAAUCUGGUGAAGCCAAAGAAUGUUAAAGCUAGAGACAUUGAUAUUGGGAAAACAACAGAGCUUUCAAGGCGUGAAAGGGAGGAGUUAGAGAAACAAAGAGCUCAUGAGCGGUACAUGAGGCUCCAAGAACAAGGAAAAACAGAGCAAGCAAGAAAAGACUUGGAGCGCUUGAACCUCAUACGUCAGCAAAGGGCAGAAGCAGCUAAAAAGCGAGAAGAAGAGAAGGCUGCCAAAGAGCAGAAGAAGGCAGAAGCACGGAAAUGAUUUUCCUGGAGAAUUUCAAUCCGAACAAGCAAUGCCAUCCUUAAUACUUAGAUGAUCCUCAAUACUUAGAUAAUUGUUGGUUUAUAAUUGCUGUUCUUGUUUGUUAUCGUGCCAACUAAAAUUUCUUGCUUCCAUUACACAAUUCAUUAUUGUCAUAACUUGAAAGAAAAUAGAUUUUAUGUGCCUUGUUGGAAUACUUAUACACAUAUGAUUACUUGUAUUUGAAUGUGUUGGAGGAGCAUUUGAAAUCAAGUUAUGCCUCCCGAACUGCCAUGUAUGUUAUGUUUUACAGGUCUAGUUCUCUUUUAUAUCAGGGAGAAGAUAAGUAAUUAA